AGUGAAUCAAUAAAUAGUAUAAAGUAGCUGGAAAUAGAAAAAUUUUUUGUGUAAGCCCCUUGCUGUCAUUUUUCGCGUUCAUACAACUCCAUUUGUAGUUAUCUAAUCGACCAAUAUGGAAGCAAAACGAUUAAAUAUAUAGAAACUUUGUGUUAAGUAAUCGCGAAUACAGUUUUUAAUAAACAAAAAUGCCAGUUGACAUUCAUGAUCAUAUGCAUGAUCAUAUUCAUGUAAAUGAAAAUGCUCUUGUGAAAAAAGAUGACCACCGCCAAAUGAAACAAAUGUUUGCUGGCGGGUUAUCAGCUGCAUUAACUCGUACCGCAUCUCAACCUUUAGACGUACUUAAAGUUCGUUUUCAGCUUCAAAUAGAACCUGUAAAAGAAACAAAAACUUCUACAAUUUCAAAAUACCGAAGUAUAAGUCACGCUGUAUCAACAAUAUAUAAAGAAGAGGGCUUCUUAGCGUUGUGGAAAGGUCACAAUCCUGGACAAGUUCUAAGUAUAAUGUUUGGAAUUGCACAAUUUUGGUCAUUUGAGCAAUUCAAAUUGAUAGCAAAAGAACAAGAAUAUUUGAAGAAUUCACCUAAUGCCGUUAAUUUUAUAUGCGGUGCCUUUUCUGGUGGUAUAGCAACUUUUUGUGCUCAACCUUUGGAUGUUCUAAGAACUCGUCUGAUAGCGCAAGAUCAUGGUGAAGGUUAUCGUAAUUCAUUUCAUGGUAUGAGUAAUAUUAUAAAAACCGAAGGUAUACGUGGCCUAUAUAGAGGUAUAAAUCCGUCUUUAAUACAAAUUAUGCCAUUGAUGGGGACAAAUUUUAUGGUGUAUAAAAUGCUUAAAGAUGUAAUAGCUAAAACCUUAAAAAUUGAUCCAGUUGAAAUACCAUCUUUAGCUUUAAUGAUUAUAGGAGGUAUCAGUGGAACUGUAUCUAAAACUAUAGUUUAUCCAUUUGAUUUGGUUAAAAAGAGGCUUCAAAUUCAAGGGUUUCACAAGCAUCGUAAAACUUUUGGUAAAAAUGUUGAAUACAACAGUAUCUUGCAUUGUUUUCGUUUAACUGUUGCUCAAGAAGGUUUUUUAGGGCUUUUCAAAGGAAUGACACCAACAUUAUUGAAAUCGGGUUGGGUAACCGCUUUAAAUUUUUGUUUUUAUGACAAAAUUAUCGAUAUUUUACACUGAUAUUAUCGGUUUACAUCAAGAAAGAUUCUGCAUCACAAAUCUUAGAAAUCUUAAUUUUUAUUUUAUUUAUUUUGACUACUUAAAUAUAUUUUUUUUUCCAACAAAUUUAAUUUAUUUUUACAUACUAUAAAGAAAAUUUAGUUUUAUAUACUACA